UUUUUUUCCUUCUAUUUGGUUUUCACAACACUAAAAGAAAGGGGGGGGGGGGAAUGGGCUGGAAUGAAUGGAUGGAUUUUUGGGUGGUUGUGGCAUGCAAAACAAACAGAAAGUGCAUAAGCAGGUUCCUUAUGUUCUCUUUUUUUGUUUACACUGCAGACCCUCUCUUUCUCACUCUUUUUUCUUUCUCUCUUUCACUUUUCAACCUUUUAUACUCCUACCUUUUUUUAACGUUUUCUAGCUCUACCUUUUUUUAAAUUCAUUAGAGGUUAAAUUUCCUCACCAUCCCUUUUAUUCUUUUUUUCCUAUCUUAAUAUUCUUCUAUUUUAUCGAACACCUCUAGGUAAGGCCCCGCUUUUUUGAAAGCCCUAUUUAUUUUUAUUUUACUGUUGCCACCCUGAUUGCAAUCCACUGCAAUCUGGUAAACAAUUUCCUCGUCCUCAUCUAUUUCUCCCCUCUUAAUUUUUAUCUAUAGAAUGCGCAGCGGUAAUCAGUCUCAGGCGGCUGGCUCGGGCGGAGUCAAGAAGAAGAUGAACGGGUACGUUGGGUUCUCCAACUACCCCAACCAGGAGCACCGGCGGUCGAUCAAGCGCGGCUUCAACUUUACCUUGAUGGUCGUUGGCGAGAGCGGGCUGGGCAAAAGCACGCUGAUCAACACGCUGUUCGAGAGCAAAGUGUACCCGACCAAGGAGGAGAUAGCCACCAGCAGCGCUGCAGCAGCCGCGGCCGCCGCAGCCUCGGGCGGGCCGCAGGCGGCCAAAACCGUCGAGAUAACAUCGGUGAGCGCCGAAAUCAACGAGAACAACGUCAAGCUGCGGCUCUCGGUAGUCGACACGCCGGGGUUCGGCGACUCGAUCAACAACGACAGCGCGUGGAAGCCCAUCUUGGAGAACAUCGAGUCGCGGUUCGACGCGUACCUGGCGCAGGAGAACCGGGUGAACCGCAGCAAGAUCGUGGACAACCGGGUCAACGCCCUGCUGUACUUCAUCAAGCCCACGGGCCAUGGCCUGCGCGCAGUCGACAUCGAGUUCAUGCGCAACCUGCACAACAAGGUUAAUUUGAUCCCGGUGAUCGCGCGCGCCGAUACGUUGACGCCGCAGGAGGUCGAGCAGUUCAAGGCGCGCGUGCUGGCGGACAUCAACUUCCACGGGAUCCAGAUCUUCCGUCCGGUGUCGGACCAGUUCGACGACCCGGACACAAUUGCCGACAACAAGGCGAUUGCCAGCAAGAUCCCGUUCGCGGUCAUCGGCAGCGAGAAGUUCGUCGAGCGGGCCGACGGCACGCGCGUGCGCGGCCGCCAGUACCCCUGGGGCAUCAUCGAGGUCGAGAACGAGCAGCACAACGACUUUGUGUCGCUGCGCCAGAUGCUGCUGCGCACGCACAUGGAGGAGCUGCGCGACGCCACGGACAUCGCCCUGUACGAGACCUACCGCACGCAGAAGCUGCUGGCGCUCGGCCACGUGCAGGACAACGGCGUCUUCCGCGAGUUCAACCCGCGCCAGCAGCUCGAGGAGGAGGAGAAGGUGCAUGCUGCCAAGAUGCAGAAGCUCGAGGCCGAGAUGGCGGCGGUGUUCCGCCAGAAGGUGCAGGAGAAGGAGGGCAAGCUGAAGCAGUCCGAGGAGGAGCUGCACUCGCGGCACCAGCAGAUGAAGACGGUACUGGAGAAGCAGCGCGCCGAGCUGGAGGAGAAGAAGGCCAGGGUUGGCAGCGUCGAGCAUGCGCCGGUGAGCCACCAGAUGGGCGUGCAGGCGGAGGCUGUUGUGCCUGGGUCCAAGGACAACAAGAAGAAGAGGGGCUUCUUCUGAGCGCUGCCCAGUGCGCCAGCCUCGCCUGCCCUCCUUCCUUUCGCUUCUUUUUUUCCAAUUUUGCCUUCGCACGUGGCCUUGUCCCGUACCUUCCGCAGCCCAAGCCCUGGCGUGAUAGCCCUGCGGAAAAGCGCGCUUUUAUUGCGGCUGCUACUACUGUUGUUUCCAU